CGCUCCUCGCAGAUGUCUCACGGCUCAGUCACCGUGGGCUGGAUCUCAACUGCAUAAACCGUGAUUGCUCCCGCCCGUCUAUUUUCAGCCUGCCCACAGGUAUGAGGGAAUUGUCGUUGACGCACUACAUUUCAGCGACACAAUCCACCGCCGAGUGAGUAAAAUCCUCUCUGUUUACAUUUAGUUUUAACGACUUAGCGUCGGGAGACUCAUCUGGAGACGCGGAUAUUGUUCCAGAGUAGCGACGGAGACCAUGGCAUGAAUCAUUCCCCUUUUAAAAGCAUCUAGACGCUAUCAACUCUGCUGUUUUACGCACAAGGAGCGCUUGGAAUUAUUGCUUCCUAGACAUCUGCACGCACACCGUGGGAUGACAACCCUCAGCGGAAGAUUCGCGGGUUGAAAAGCAUCGUCCUAAAUGUCAGGGAGAUGAACCCCCCCUCAGCAGAAGCUCUGGAGAAUAUCUCAGGAGGGUUGAUUAGGCCGCGUCACUUCGCCUUCAUUUAACAACAGCGAACCGAGGAGACUGUUAGACCGUUUAGUUGUUCGUAAAAGGGAGUAACCAUGUCCAGAACACUGAAGAAGAAGAAACACUGGUCUAGUAAAGUGGUGGAGUGCGCGGUGUCAUGGGGGAACCUGGGAGACUUUGGCUCCGUGGUGGAGGUUCUGGGUGGAGCAGAGCUGGGCCAGUUCCCCUACCUGGGCCAGAUGAAGCUGGACGUGCUGGUGUGUCACGUCGGGAAGCUGCCCUACUACGGGGACGUUUUGCUGGAGGUGAACGGGACGCCCGUCAGUGGACUUACAAACCGCGACACCCUGGCUGUCAUCCGCCACUUUCGGGAGCCGAUCCGCCUGAAGACGGUCAAACCAGGUAAAGUAUUGAACACGGACCUGCGCCACUACCUCAGCCUGCAGUUUCAGAAGGGCUCACUGGACCACAAGCUCCAGCAGAUCAUACGGGACAACCUCUACCUACGCACCAUCCCCUGCACCACGCGGCUUCCUCGAGAUGGGGAGGUGCCUGGAGUGGACUACAACUUUAUCAGCUGCGGAGACUUCAGGAUCCUGGAGGAAAGCGGACUUUUACUGGAGAGUGGGACCUAUGAUGGUAAUUAUUAUGGAACCCCGAAGCCUCCGGCAGAGCCUAACCUGGUGCAGCCUGACCUGGUGGAUCAGGUGCUGUUUGAUGAAGACUACGGCGGUGAGCUCCCGAGGAAACGAACCACCUCUGUCAGCAAGAUGGACAGGAAGGACAGCGCAGUCCCCGAGGAGGAAGAUGAUGACGAGAGGCCCCCACUGGUCAAUGGAUUGCCCGAGCUCAAAGAGGGGGCAGACUGGAGGAAAGCAGUGCCCAGCUAUACCCAGUCAAGCAGCAGCAUGGACUUCCGUACAUGGAGCUCUCUCCCCCGCGAUGACAGCCUGGAGCCCUUGCCCCUAAACUGGGAGAUGGCUUACACCGAGACCGGCAUGGUGUACUUCAUAGAUCACAAUACCAAGACGACCACGUGGUUGGACCCCCGCUUGGCAAAGAAGGCAAAGCCCCCUGAGAAGUGUGAGGAUGGAGAGCUUCCUUACGGCUGGGAGGAGAUUGACGACCCACAAUACGGCACAUACUACGUUGACCACAUCAACCAGAAAACCCAGUUCGAGAACCCGGUCCUGGAGGCAAAAAAGAAGUUGAGCCAGGAGACGGCAGCGAUCCAACAAGCCGCAGCACCACCUUCCCAAGGUAAGGGAGGAGCGUUCAGCUUCACUUCAGACCCCAGCGAACUGAAGGGGGAGCUGUACCACACAGCGCUGAAGAAGAGCUCCCAGGGGUUUGGAUUCACCAUCAUCGGAGGAGACCGCACUGAUGAGUUUCUGCAGGUGAAAAACGUGCUUAGCGACGGUCCUGCUGCCCACGACAACAAGAUGGCUUCUGGCGAUGUGAUUGUUGAGAUUAACGGGAUGUCAGUGCUGGGAAAAACCCACCCAGAGGUUGUGCAGAUGUUCCAAUCCAUUCCAAUCAACCAGUAUGUGGACAUGGUUCUUUGCCGUGGUUACCCGCUUCCUCCAGAUGUGGAUCUAAGCAGCGACGACCCUCUUCCACCUCCCCCUCUUCCACCGGCAACCCAGCCCCAGCAGGCCCUGCAUGGCGGGGAGGUGGUGACGGCCGUGCCUCUUAUCAACGGGCAGCCGCUGCUCGUGAAGGGCGAUGUCCUCCACGGCUCCUCUCAAGAGCUCCACUACGUCACCACCGAUGCUAGCGGCCGGCCUGUGGUGGCAGCCAUGCCCAACGGGAGGCAUGGGGAGGUGGUCGCAGGGAUGCUGCAGCCGGAGCUGGUGAGUGUUCCCCUGAUCAAGGGGCCCGGAGGAUUCGGGUUUGCCAUCGCCGACUGCCCGCUGGGCCAGAAGGUGAAGAUGAUCCUGGACGCCCAGUGGUGCCGCGGCCUGCAGAAAGGAGACGUGAUUAAGGAGAUCAACAGGCAAAACGUCCAAACGCUGAGCCACGCCCAAGUAGUGGACAUCCUCAAAGACUUGCCGGUGGGCAGCGAGGUCAACGUGCUAGUGCUGCGAGGAGGUCAAACAUCCCCUGUGAAGACUCUCAAGCCUAGGCAGGAAAUGACGGCCAGUACGGAGACUCUGGACUGCAUCUCAGACUCAGCCCCCCAGGCGCUGCCUUACCACUCCAACACAAGCACCCUGCGCUCCAUUGACUCCCCCAAACGAGAGGCCACAGAGAUGUACCUGAAGUCCAAAGCCCUGCUGGAGAGCAGACAGCCUUACACCAAAGACAUCGACGUUUUUCUCAAGAGAGACAUUGAAACCGGCUUUGGCUUCCGUGUUCUGGGAGGAGAAGGUCCACAACAGCCAAAUGUCUUUCCCCAGGUGUAUAUUGGGGCCAUUGUGCCCAACGGAGCUGCAGAGAAGGAUGGUCGCCUGAGAGCGGGAGACGAACUCAUUGGAAUCGAUGGUGUGAUGGUGAAAGGUCGUUCGCACAAGCAGGUGCUGGAUCUGAUGACCAACGCUGCCCGUAACGGUCAAGUUAUGUUGACUAUACGCAGGAAGGUCAUCUACAGAGAUGAGGACGAGGCUCAGGAAAUGGCUCCGGUGCUGGUGAACGGUUCUCCCAAACUACCUCACCUGCCAAUGCCCUGCGAUCUGGACCACGAGUCUUUUGACAUCACACUCCACCGCAAAGACUCUGAGGGCUUUGGCUUCGUCAUCCUCACCUCCAAGAGUAAACCGCCCCAUGGAGUCAUUCCACACAAAAUCGGCCGAAUCAUUGAUGGCAGUCCCACCGAUCGCUGCGGCCUGCUGCACGUCGGAGAUCGUAUCUCGGCGGUCAACGGGCGCUCCAUCAUCGAGCUCUCUCACAAUGACAUUGUGCUGCUCAUCAAGGAGGCCGGCAACGUGGUCACCCUCACUGUGGUUCCUGAGGAUGAAUACAAGGGCCCUCCCUCUGGAGCCAGUUCAGCUAAGCAGAGUCCAGCUCUUCAGCACAGAACCCUGGGUCAAAGGUCAGCUCUACAGGAUGAACGUUAUAAUCUGGACCUGGAAGAGAAAAGGGAGGCUGUUAACUGGACUGACCAAAAAACUCUUCCAUUGAGUGAGCAGGGAACGCUGUGUGUGACUGGACCUAAUCAGGGUUGUCUGACAGUAGAGUUAGAGAGGGGGCCAAGGGGCUUCGGCUUCAGCCUGCGAGGGGGAACAGAGUACAACAUGGGCCUGUAUAUCCUGAGACUGGCUGAGGACGGAGCUGCUCAGCUGGAUGGAAGGAUCCAUGUUGGAGAUGAGAUAGUUGAGAUUAACGGGGAGCCGGCACGCGGCAUCUCCCACACCCGGGCUAUUGAGCUGAUCCAGGCUGGAGGAAGUAAAGUGGUGCUGCUGCUGAGACCUGGGGCAGGCCUGGCUCAGGAUGGCAGUCAACAUGAUCAAAAAGUCAUUUCACCUGCAAGCUAUUCCGGAGAGGUGUUUUUAUCAGACACAUCACCCCUCUCCUCUCCAUAUCCCACUGGGGCUUCCAACUUUGUUUCCCCUCCCUUCUCCAGCAAUCUGAAACAUUCUUAUAGCUGGAGCAGCAUCUCCCCACAAGGCCACAAGCCCCGCAGCAGGGGUUUAGAGUCAGUGAAUGAAAGUGGUGAGAGGUCAGAGAAAGAGGCAGACAGGCUCUCUCCCGCAUCCUCUGAGCAUAUGAACUUCUACAAAAGGACCAGGCCCGCUAAGGACCCCAGAGAUCUAAGCAGCCCAAAGAACACAGGGGAGACAUUUCCUAAAGCCAAAGAGCAACAUCACGGUCCCAAAAAGACUGAGAGUCAGGUGAAAGAAGAAACGCUGACUACCAAAAGGAUGUCUCAGACAAAAACACGAUCCACAAGCCCUAGAAAGGCUCCUCCAGCUGCACAGCAAGCGGCUUCAACAGUGCAGCGUGCGGAACAUCCACAAGGCACCCAGAUAAUAUUAAAAGGCUCUUCCAGCAGAGAGAGCUUGGAUCAUGAAAAGAAAAACAGCAAAGGGGGGACCAUUGAAACCAGAAAAUACUCACACAGAAAAGAGAUGGAAGGGAGAGGAGAAAGAAUCGAGCCUGGCCAUGAGCAAGAAAGUUUCAAAAGAAGAGUGGGGGGAGAGUUUCAGCACCGCAGGAAGUCUCAUAAAGUCAGAGAAGGCGAGAAAGGUACAUGUAAAGACACAGGGCCAAGAGAUGCUAAUGGAAAAUCCAUGGAAGACAGGAAUUCAAGUACAGGAACGGUCAACAAAAGAGAAUCACUGUUGAAUUUUAAAGAUUUAUGGAGUAGAAAAGGGUCUGUGGUUUCACCAAGAGAGGGAAAAGGAAGAGAAGACACAUUUGCUUACUCCAAAGAAGUCAGCAGUAAGAAAGACUUUGUGGCCUCUAUAAACAGUUCUCAAGGGACCCCGCAGAGCCCAAAGGGACCCAUUAGCCCUGGCCCUUGGAAAGUGCCCAGCUCAGCCAGAAUCCUCUCCAAAGCAGAGGUCCUUCAAGACCCUUUGUGAUAAAUAUUGAAUCACCCAGACUUGACAAUAUUUAACAGUACCCUCAGCGGAUUGUUUUUCUGAGUUCUUCCAUAAAACAGAGCAACAUGUUGCCACUUUUAUUACCUGCUGGUCCAUGUUCCAGAUUUGUCUUUGGACUCUUUUUUCUGGGAGUCCUGUGACAUAACGUGUUGGCAUGUAGCAACUUCCCCUCUGCCUUGUCCGCUGCUUCACCAUGUUUGAUGUGAGACUUAAGCAUGUGCGGCAUGCUUGGGGCCUCAGCAGACAUUUUGAAAUGUGAAUAUGUGCCAAUCCUGGGAGCCUCCUGUGGUACCAUGACUACCAACAGCGCUUCGCCCAUUACAAUGCAAUGACCCAUAUGCAAAGAAAAGUAGAUAGGCCCUAGCCUCUCACCUGUAGUAUACACCAACUGUGACUGUCACCUCGGGUUUCAUUUAGCUCUCAGCCUCAUAGCGGGAUAUUUUGACUGUCUUUUUCUUAAAUGUUUGCUCAACUGCAUGCAGUCGGUCCUUCUAUUUGUUUUACUGCACGUGUUCUGCACAUCACUGAGGAUGAUUUUCUUGUUUAUAGUUCUCAUUUACCACACCAGGCACAUUUCUAAUACAACCCAGCAAGCAAACACUUUACCGGGGACUCAAGACUGUUCUACGAUUGCAGACAUGACUCUCCUCCUAACGAACAGUAUCAUUAAAAAGACCAGAAACUUGUGGUUUGAGAUCUUGUUUACCAUGUGUAUGAUAACCAACCAGUGUGUAAUUUAUUGAGAUGAUAGAAUAGUCUGUGUAUAUGUAGCUGUAACCAAGCCAUUCCACACCUUUGAUAUAGACUCCAGAGAUUUGUCCCAUGUUAUUUGAACUUUCACCAUCCCUCCGAUGUAUUUCAGUGCUAGGAAUUACCAUGGAUCUCGUAGUUCUUGAAAUGUAUAGGUAACGUGCAAACCGCUGUACCAAAUGUUCGCAAUCGUUCAAACGUGUCUCAUUGUGAAAUAUUAUAUCUACAUAUAUAUUUGAAUGUGUCAUGUUUUGCAGAUUCUAACUUAAAUAUAUAUUGAAUUCCAUUGCACUGCAUUUGCCCUUGUAGCAUAUCAGAAUGACCAUGAGUUGUGUCUAAUUUGUGAUGUUGACUUGCGACCAAUGCCAUUUUAUUCUUAUGGGUCUUAUUAUUAUUAUUAUUAUUAUUAUUAUUAUUAUUAUUAUUAUUAUUAUUAUUUGAUAAAGCUAUUUCAUUUUUCUGAAAAGAUUCUCUCUUUAAGGCCAACAUGUCAAUUUAUAUUAUAAUGUGCAAGUUCUGAUUCAUGUCCCUGAUGGUUUAAAUUUGCCCACUGAGAAAAGAAAAAUGAGGGUUUUUAAUCUAUGUAUUUGUCAAUCCUGCUGUAUAAUUAUCUGACAUGUCAGUUGAAGGAUAAUGGAUAAUGUGUUGGCUUACUGAGGUGUUGAUGCUGCUGAUAUAAGAGGCAUACACAGAUCCCAACUUUCUACAUGUUUAGAACAUGUUGUUGAGCUGAGGAGGUAAACAAUUGGUUCCAAACAUGGGAUCAAUGAAAAUGGGUAAUAGUCGGAUUUCACUGUAAAGUUACUCAGAAGAAAGGAGAUAUACUCUCAGCAUAACUGCUUAUAAGAUAAAGACAUAUUAGGAUGAGCUCAGGGAACACGGAAAAGUAGCAAAUGUGUGAUAAAGUCAAUGUUGGGGAAAUGAUGGUUAAGGACUGUGAGUGACUGUGAUAAGAGCCUGUAAUUGUAUAAGAGUUAGCUGUUGGGUUAAAAAAUGACUUGAGGACACAUAUGAGCCAAUCAGCGGUAGGUUUUUGUGCAAUUGUAAUAGUGGUUAGUUGAAAUCCAACUAAGUGUCAGGUACAGGCAGGUCACUGGUUAGUCAGAUAAUGCCCUUUUUAUUGUAUGUCCCCUGCACUGUUCUCCUACCUGCUUUGACUUUCUUUUAUUUCAUCUCUGUAUCAUACUGUGGCCUUGCAUCGCUUCAUUAGAAAAACAAUCCUUGUGGUAUCUUCUACAUUCUGUAGGAACAGUAGAUGUAAAUGUUUGUACAUUGUACAGCACCUUUAUAAAUACUUGCUGAGUGCUCUUUCAAGGGGGAAAAAAUAGAGGUAUAUUAAAUCGCUCCAUUAUUUUUUUAUGUAUAAAAAAAAGAGAACAUAUUUAAACAAUAAUUGAAAAGGAUAGACUAUGACCUUGACAUGGUGUUCCGUUCAUGCACUGAAAAAUAAAGUUUUACUGAAAACAA